AUGCUACCAGACGAGAUCCCUUGGCCAGUCGAUCCGGUACCUACGUUAGAAGAUGAUGAAGUAGCCAAGACCGGGCUCAAGGCGCCGCUUCCGCUCUGUGAUGAGAUGGACGCAGUACUCGGCGCACUGGACGCCUGGGACAUGGUUAGUCCGCUCGACGAUGAGGUCGUUUGUCCAGCUGCUGAGCUUUGUGUUGAAGACGGAUUCUGGCCAGGGUUAGAGGCGAGGCUAGAAGACGGACCUGAACCUGAGAGAGAUGCUGAAGAUGAUCCAACUGCCGCAGUGGAAGAUCCAGCCGCACUUGAGCCACCUCGAGAGUUCGAAAACGACGCCGAUAAGGUGCUGAUACUCGACGCAUCUGGCAGGAUAGUCACGGUCAAGGAGUCCAGGGUUGAGCCGCUUGGAAGUCCAGUGAGAGACAAGGCUGAGGGUGAGCUGGAAGACAUGCUACCAGACCGCCCAACAGAUGUUUGCGUUGUAGCAGACGAAGUUGUGGUCUGGAGCCCCGGUGCUGAAGACAAAGCCGCAGAUGACUCCGCUCCAGAACCACUUCGCUGCUGGCUUGUUGAUGAUGUUGCAAGGGCUUGA